CAAUGUUGGUUUUCUUAUUCGCAUUUGAUAUAUUCGAAAGUGAAUAUUCUUUCUUGCGCAUUUUUGGCAAUAAAAAUACAAUAGAUGAAGUAUGGACCGAGUUGUACUUGUCUUCACAUGCAAAAUAUAAAAAAUAAAAUCAUUAUAUCAUAGUGUAACUUCGAUGCUUUGACUUAAGCUAUAUAACCAAAUCAUUUUUUUAACAGGUGGAUCAACGGGAUGUGCCUGGGAUCGACUGCGCAUAUCUCGCUAUGGACACCGAGGAAGGCGUUGAGGUGGUAUGGAAUGAGGUUCAAUUCUCCGAGAGGAAGAACUUCAAGAAUCAGGAGGAAAAGAUUCAGAUGAUAUUUGAAAAUCUCACCCAGCUAGACCAUCCAAACAUUGUCAAGUUCCAUCGGUACUGGACCGACACGCAUAACGACAAGCCCCGGGUAAUCUUCAUAACUGAAUACAUGUCAUCCGGUUCCCUGAAACAGUUCCUGAAGCGAACGAAGCGAAACGUCAAAAGGCUGCCAUUACAAGCAUGGAAAAGGUGGUGUACCCAAAUCCUCUCAGCACUGAGUUACUUGCAUUCCUGUACUCCACCUAUCAUCCAUGGCAAUCUGACCUGUGAUACCAUUUUUAUACAGCACAACGGACUCGUCAAGAUCGGAUCAGUUGCUCCUGAUUCCAUAAACCAUCAUGUAAAAACGUGCCAGGACGAUUUCAAAAAUAUGCAUUUCAUUGCGCCAGAAGCUCCCAGUAAGUCCCAGAUGGGCCCUCCGGCAGACAUCUACUCGUUUGGGAUGUGCGCAUUGGAGAUGGCUGCACUGGAGAUCAUCGGCAACGGGGAUUCCGGCAACAAGGUGACGGAGGAGAACGUCAAGAAGACCAUUGAGUCGUUGGAGGACGAACAGCAGAAGGACUUCAUCCAGAGGUGUUUGGCUCCGGACCCGAGAGAUCGACCCACGGCUAAGGAGCUACUCUUCCAUCCGCUGCUCUUCGAGGUGCACAGCUUGAAGCUGCUGGCAGCGCAUGUGCUUGUCAAAAAAUGUGCGAACAUAUCGGAAACGAUAACGGACGAACUGAUGCAGAGGUGGUAUGGUCCGGACACGGUAGUCGCCGAGAUCAGCCGGAGGAAUGGGGAUGUUAUCCAAAUGAAAAUGCCCGACAUUCCCGUCACGGAAAAGCUAGAGAAGUUCGUUGAGGACGUCAAGAAUGGCAUCUAUCCGUUGACGGCGUUCGGUUGGAAACAACCCCCUCCCGCUCGAUCGAGGGCGAUCUCACCGGAAAUGGCGGAAUCUGUCAAGUCCGUCACCCCGGAACCCACUGACGUAGAAACUAGGAAAAUUGUUAAUAUGAUGUGUGAUGUUAAGUCCAAAGAAGAAAGCUGUGAUUUAUUGUUGACUAUUGUACUACGAAUGGAUGAUAAGAUGAAUAGGCAGUUAACUAGUUGUAUAUCACCUGGAGACAAUCCAAUGGUCUUAGCGCAAGAAUUAGUUCAUUAUGGUUUUAUAAACGAGGUUGAUAGGGACAAGAUAGCCGCUCUGAUCGAGGAGUCAAUAGCAAACUCUUCGUCGGGCCAGAGCAGUCCGACGCACACCUUCCACUCCCUAACCAGCAUGCUGCAGUCGUGCGCGCAGCAAGAGAUGGGCGCAGGUGCAAUGGCGACCGCCACAGUGACAGCGGUGCCCGUCGUAGAGGGCGCCACUGAAGUUCCUACGCCCGCGUCUUCGACAGCACCACCUACCACAGCGGCAGCGCAACAAGUGCCCAUGCACUCGACCAGUUAGUACCGCCCAUACGGGGUGGUGGGCGUUGAGCAUGCUGUAGCACGACGUGGUGCGUGGUCUCUUGUGAAUUUCGAUCUUCCUACGACGGUGGAGACGGGGAAGAGGUGCGAUGAUGUCGGUCGGAUGGUAUUAUGGUGGUGAGAGUAAGGAAAAGAGGACGAGGUCAAUGGAUAGGGAUGUAAAUUGGUCGUCUCAAACACACAUAAUGUAUCAUAAUGCUGCAACUACAGAUUUUUUUGUAGUUUCGGUGAAGUAAUUGUCUAAAAUAUUUGAGAGUUGAUAAAAUCGCAUCACUGCAUGCUAUUUGUGUUACGAGACAAAGUUACGCCAUUUCAUGUGCAGCCGUGUUUUUGUAUAGGUACCAUUUAGGCAUGCUAUCUUUGUCGCGCAACAGAGUCACUCACAAUAUGGGUGUUUCUUAUUGACAUUAUUAUUAAUUUGCACAUGCUUUGGGUCACGCUGCAAUCUUUUGAAUUACCAGUAUUGACAAGAUAAAAUAUUCUAGUUACUGGUUAUCGCGCGACAUCGAAAUGUAUAUCUGUGUAAAUAUUUGAUUUGGUGAAAAACGUUUAAAGAGGUCAUACAAUUGAAAAUCGCGUGCGUAAAUGGUACUGAUGCCCUACAAAAUGUACGGAUUUAUGUCGCACGACACGACUCGCGUGCAUAAACUUGCGUUUGGAAAUAGAUCUACGCCAUUUUCACCAUUUAUUCAGAUAACAAUAAACUUAAAUUACAAUUUCAUAAGUUAUUGGCGGGUACCAAUUAUAACACAGUUGAUUUGAUUGGUUUUAGAAAGGUUAGCAGAUGAUUACUUACAAGUGAAAUACGUUAGUCAGUUUAUUAACCUGGUUGAAAUAUUUUAUAGCUGUUGGAAUCGGUAUACCUUCUAAUAAAUAUUUUGUCCAAACUUAUCUCGAAGCUUAAGAUUAAUUUAGUUACAUGACAAUGAUAUCAUCUAAAACUUAAUCAUCUGACACACACACAACACAGUUCAACAUUCUCUAUAAAUGUUAUAUCAAUGUUUGUUUCUGAACCCAUUAUGUGAUAAAUUUUAAAAAUAUUACAGACGUUUUCAAAGUUAUUCCUACCGUAACGUUUUAUUUUGAAGCUUUACAAAUAUUUUAAAAGUAGGAGAUACGUCACAAAUAUUUUUACAUGUUGUUUUAAUUUUUUAGGCAUUUGCUUACGUAUUAAUGCAAUGCAUUUUAGAAUACUAGGUUCAUUAAGUGUACUGAGACGGCCAAUAUGAUACAUUUUGAUGGAAGUUAUGAUUUUAAGAGCAAACGUCAGAGGAGGUGUAAUUUUCAGAUACUUAAAUCAAAAAUAUAGAUUACAUAGUGCUAUGGAACAGAUUUUUAGAUGUAUCUGGCAGUUUUUGAAAGAUCAUUAUUUUACCACUAAACAAAUUUACGCUGGUGCAUCUCUAAGGCUUUAUUCAAUUGAGACAAUAAAAAGCAUAGGUACAGAAAUAUUACCUCCACUGAUAACUGUGGCCGUCAAAAUUGAAUGCAAACUUGCACUCGAGAUAUGCAGACAAAGACGUUUCCAGAAGACUCUGUUAUAUCUGAGUCUGGCUCAUAAGUUCAUGUAGCCAAUUUUCUCUAGGUUUGUUAUAUUCACUUUUCAUUUUCUACUUUAAAAUUGAAUCUUGGUAUUGUGUGAACUUAACAAACUCAUUUUUCCGUAGAAAUUGUAUAUAAUGCCAAUCACCUAGAUUCAAUCGGACACUGUCGACAUUGUUCAAAGCAUCGAUAUGAAAACGUGUUCAUAAAUCUCCUAUGAUAUGUAGUAAUUUGUCUAAUACAAUGCUAUACAUAAUCACGAGCAAAUAGUGCAUUCAUAUCUCAUUUACGCGCCGCCAAAGCAGACACCAACACGCGACGAUCAAAUUCGCGCGCUCGUAUUGGCCAGCAAGCCAUAAUCACCUGAGCAGGCAGCGAUCGAGAGAUUGUGUUUGUUUUAACGCGGAAUAAAUGAGGUUUAAAUAGACUUUAGGAGCUUUCAAAUUUGACGACCACACUUGUUUGCAUUGCAUCUCGCGUUUAUCGUUUACACCAAGAAAACUUAGGUCAUCUAUAACAAGUCAAAUGGGGUUUAGUAACGUAAUUAUAGAACAUUUUUUAGAUAGUUAACAAGACUGUAACUUUUUUUAAUGAGGAAAAAAAUGUUGGACAGGCGCUAGUCAAGUGAGACCACGUGUAAAUCUGUGAUUAGUACUCCAUUGACUUCAAGAACAUUUUUUAGGAAAAAGAUAAUUGGACAGUUUUUAAUAUAUAGGUUCCGUGUAAAUGUGAUCUGUUUUAAAAAUGAAGAAAUGGUAUUUUCAACUUUUCAACUAGGCCGCCAUUGUAUUUGUAGCGACUUAUCGUUGUCUUCAAAAGUUAGUAUUAGGUUUCUGACGCAAAAUUAAUAAUCCGUUCAAGAGUAACUGUUCCCGAUUAUAAAAAUGACAUAUUUUGAUGAAGACGCCUGGAAAAGGCAAACCAACUAGUCUAAAAAAUGUAAAUUUUAUUUCAGUCGUAUACCAAAAAAAGUUUGAUUCUAUGACAUGUCAGCGAAAAGUUAUAAAUGGAAAGUAAACAAUCUUAAGGCGGCUCUGACGCAAUCAGUUUCAAGUCAUUUACAAGGAUGCAGCUGCUUCGAAACUGACAGGCCAUUUUUCACUGUUUUUGAAUGAAACCCAUAUAGUAUGUUCAGAAGAUAAUUGCCCAGGGUGAUAUCGGAGCACUUUUCAAAAUUUUGUUUUUACACAAGAUUUGUGGUGGGUUGAAAUGCUUACUUUUUUUGUUGAGCCUAGUGGAAAAACUGAAAAAGUAACUCGAUAGCACCCUGUAGGGUUUUGUUUUCAGCACAGUGUAAAAAUUUCAUUAUACAAUAUUAAAAAAUGAAGCCUCAGUUUCGAAGCGCGCAAACCUCUACAAAUCGGAUUUUGCACGAAUUUUGUCUACCGUUUCGGGCUGCCAGCCCAAGCGACGCGGCGGUAUGUAUGGAUUGGAAAAGGACGUAUUCCGACAAUUUGGUGGCUCUAUUUCGUAUUAUAUCGUGUAUAUAAGUCAUUCUCAAAUAGGUGUUCAUAUUCGCAAUCGCUGAUGCGAAGUAAAUGUUCAUAACUAGUUACGUAAAUGUAACUUCUGAACUUAUGCCCGGUUGUCUCUCUGUUCUAUCUGUCUUACACCGGCCAAUAAAUGAAACCUGAGAUGGUGAAUAUUCUGACGUUUAGGUUGCUUCGACAAAUUAAAAAUUAUUACUCCUCCAUCUUGAAGCCGUGUUACUUCGCACGCCACUGGCGCGAAAGAUUUCCAAAAUGAGAUGUUAUGUUUUUGGAUCUUAUAUGACAUUUACAUCACGAAAAACUAUAUCACUCAUUUCCGUCUGUCUGUCUGCUAACCCUUUGUCCGUCUAUAAAUUACCGCUCGGUUCUUAUGAAAUUCCCAGACAAAGUUACUACUAAGCCAGUCCAGUAGCGGCGGCACCACAGGCAAAAAAAACGAAAAAAAUAACAAUCGCUUAAACUCCGUUUUUGACGUUCUAUGGGUUCCUAAUAAUAAAAAAAUUGUAGUACUUGAAAAACGGGGGUUAGUGGAAGGUGAUAUUAAAUGCUGCAUCUUUGAUAUGCGAAACACGUUAUAUUAUUAAGAAUUUUCUGAUCUCAGUAAUUACAGGAAAUUUAAGUGACGAAAAUCCGACGAAUAAUGUGCUCACGAUUUGAAAAAAUCCGUACCUGCGUUAUAAGUUUGACACCGAGAGUCAACAGAUCUGCAACUGUCGACAGUAGGGAAGAUUAAAUUCGGAUAUUUAUAAUGGGGAUUAUUAGGGCUAGAUCUCCAACCGAAAUCCGACUCUGUUAUUAUGGAAAUUUACCACGGUUGGUGCCCGCAGUGAUCCUUUCCUUUUUUAAAGUAGCGCGGACGACCCAAGACCAUCCCACUGACGUUUCCUUUUAAUCCCCCCACUACCUGUUCAUCGUGAUCGUAGGAGCCACGCUAAGUUAUACAUUCAAGUUAAUUGAAUAAUAAAGAAUGAACAUUAAACAGCAUUUUUUGCCAAAAUCUCAAAUAAGGAACAAUGACAUUUAGCUCGCUUAUUAGUUGGAUUGCCUACCGUCACAAAUUUUGAAAUUAUAUCCGAAUGUCCUUAUAUCCAGUUACUACCUAUAGUGACUUAUGUCGCUAUGCAGCGCCCAAAACAGUUAACAAUGUUGAGUGCUUUAUUCAAAAAAGCUUUUCCUAUAUUAUGAUCAAAUGACAUUGAAAGAAACGUAGUGUGUUGACAUAUUGUUGAGUUGACGACAUUCGUGAUAUGACAUUUAUCUCGCACAUUAUCAAGGGACAUUUCUGAAAUAGUUAAUUUUUUUGUUUUUGCAGUUUUAAAUUAGAAUAGCAAGUCGCUACAGUACACCAAGCUUCCGUUCCCCAUUUUAUAGUUAUGAUCUAAAUACUCGUUGCAAAUAUGAUUAUUGAAUUGUUUGCCCAUUGAGACUGAUAUAUCAUUAAAAUAUUAAACUAGGCGUGUAUCAGAUUUGGACCAAUCGAAUGAUGAGUGUAUGCAAGAUUGGAACGCUUUAACUGUUUUAUAGAAUCUUCGGAAAUUUGGCGCUUUGGUAGACUGAUGACAACCGUUUUUAGUAUUCCAAUCAUGUAUUUGUGAAAUUAUCGAAUGAACGCAAUAAUGUCCACUUGACAUCGAAAUAAUGAAGUGGCGGACUUACACUGGAUGUUUCGUCAUCAACUCCCGCAAAAAUUAACAACUGUUUAACUAAGAUAGACUGAAAUUGAGUAAACGUAUUACCUAUACUUAAAAAGUCAUCGUGUUACCUCAUUGAACCUUACUAUCAUGAAAGCACACGUAUACUACCACUAGAAAACGUUUGUCCCAGUAUAUUGCGCCAUCUAAAAAUGAGAGUAAAGUCAGUUAAGGCCUAUAUUUGAUGGUGUUACACUAGUAAUACCAAAUUGAAUUUCCGAAGGUUCAAAACAGAUUCAAGGGGGUGAAAAAUUUUGAGAGUUUAUUAUUUGUCAAUUUAUAAGUUUUAUUACGAUGAUAAGACGAUAUUUAUGGUUAAUUUUCUAACCUACUUAUGCUUUCAUUAUUUUCAAAAUUGUUUCAUCCCAAAAUGAAAACAAUUCUUAAAAAUGUAGUAAAUAAGUGUAAAUAUUUUAAAUAUAGCCUUGAAAUUGUAGAUAUUAAAUUUUUUAUUGAAGAAAAAUAGAAAUAAGGAUAUUAUUUAUUGUAAUUCAUUGGAUGUGUCGAAAGGAACAAUCCACCAAAGUGAAAUGUUUGCAUUGUUGCAUAAGGUUUUAAGUACGAUUAACUGUAUCUCCCACAUAAUCAAGUUAUCCAUUAUCAUAACGUUUAUUGCGGAAAAAAAACUUUUUUGCUGAUUUAUAUUCCACUGCCGAGGUGGUGCUUUUUGAUAAUUAGAUUCUUAUCUGUCAAAUUUAUUAUUAUUAUUUUUUCUGGUUAUGUAUAACUUAGUUUGAAUAACCGCUAUUUUGCCGUAGAAAAAGCUUGAAAUUGAAUUACUAUAAGCCUGUUUUGCUAAUAUAUCAGUAUAUUUCUGAUAUCGAAAAUAUAGAGUUUUGGUAGAAAAUGACUUCAUUUCACUUUUUCCGCAUAUUUACUUAAGAAUGAGAUUGGAUUGAAGGAAAAUUUCGCUUUGGUGUGUUAAGAGGUCCCAUGUGAUAUUUCGCUCAAAACUUAGUUUGGCUGAUUACUAACUCCUAAGUUUUAGUUUUUUUAUUUUAUGCCAAAAUUUUAAAUAAAGAAAAGAAAUAUGAACAA